CUCUGCUUUCGUCCUGAGCAGCCACGUCAGGGGACAUUGGCCUAACCGAUAACGAUGACAAAUUCAAACGCAAUAGCAUAGCAACACAGCGAACAAAGGUGCUUCUAACUUUGCUGGCUAGCUAGCAAACGAAAACGCUUUUUAUAUUCGGAUCGGAGCCUUUUCGGGACUGUUGUCAGAAGUGUUGCCCGCACAAUUUUGAUGCAAAGAUGUCAGAUAUCGGGGACUGGUUUAAAAGCAUACCUUUCAUCACCCGGUACUGGUUUGCUGGGUCAAUCAUAGUUCCUUUGAUUGGAAAAUUGGGGCUCAUUAGCCCUAUGUAUCUCGUUUUAUGGCCAGACGCUUUCUUCCAGAAAUUUCAGAUAUGGAGACCAGCGUCCUCAACGCUCUACUUCCCGGUCGGCCCUGGUACGGGAUUCCUAUACUUAGUCAACCUGUAUUUCCUGUACCAGUACUCCACCAGGCUCGAAACAGGCGCAUUUGAUGGAAGACCAGCAGACUACAUAUUCAUGCUGCUGUUCAAUUGGAUCUGCAUCGUUAUAACAGGAUUAAUGAUGGACAUGCAGCUCCUGAUGAUUCCUCUGAUUAUGUCAGUGCUCUACGUCUGGGCCCAGCUGAACCGGGACAUGAUAGUCUCCUUCUGGUUUGGAACCAGAUUUAAGGCUUGUUAUCUUCCGUGGGUCAUUCUUGGAUUUAACUACAUCAUUGGAGGCUCUGUUGUCAAUGAGCUGAUUGGAAACCUGGUGGGCCAUCUGUACUUCUUCCUGAUGUUCAAAUACCCCAUGGACCUGGGUGGCAGGGCCUUCCUCUCCACCCCACAGUUCCUGUACCGCUAUUUCCCCAGCAGACGAGGUGGAGUGUCUGGGUUUGGGGUCCCUCCCCCCAGCAGGAGACCCCCCGCCCAGGAUCAGGGAGGGGUCGGAGGGGGACGUCACAACUGGGGCCAGGGAUUCCGGCUGGGGGAUGAAUGAAGUUGAGGGGAUGCCUGCUCCAUCAGGCAAAGACAAUGUUUUUACUGUGCUAGUGGAAAUGGCAAAAGAUGUGGCUAGGAGAGGGUUUUUUUGUUUUCUUAGAUUGCUUUUUCCCCUUGGACAGCUGUGAGAGAGGAGAGAAUUGUUCAGUGGCAGUGUCACACCUGCAGAUCAGCAUGUGGUCUUGGUUUUGUUUUGUGUGCUGUCUCAUGGUGCCAUAUCGCAGUUCGCUGUAAUUAAUGAUUGCAUCAAGAGCACGGGAAAGGCGCUCGGGCUGUUUGAACAACGUUGCUUUGGAAGAUAGCAGCUCAUUUCGAAGCGUGUGGAAAAUACUGAAGCUUCCUCACUGCUCUGUUUAUGAACUCACUGUGUAAGGGGCAACAAGGCCCACAUUCUUGGGUGGCAGGACCUCUUUUUUUCCAACAACUAGCAUCAACUAGCCUCAAUUUUUCUGCAGUUGGGUGCCUCCUUAAGCUCAGAGGUAGCAAAACACUGUCCAAUACCAAAUGCAAAUGCUUUUUUUCGCUGGAUGUGGUCUUAAAAGACCACUUGCUUAUGAAGUAAUCAGGCAGUUCUGUGUUGAUCUUAUUGUAGUGCAGUUGUACGUCAGGCAAAUGACUCUGCCAGCGCUGUCCAGGUCUCUGUAUAACACAUAUGUGCCAUAUCGCGCCCACAUUGCUCUGCUCUCCACGCACUACAGCAGUUCAGCUUAUCGGAGUCGUGGAAAUACAACACGGAUACGACAGCAUAUGUUUUGUAGUUUAAAAAUAGCACUGAAUUCUGGGAAAUCAUACCAGUUCCGGAAGAUAAACAAAGUGACGUACAGUGCCAAAAUAUUGUUUCCAAGGGGAAGAUGUCUCAAAAUGUCUUGUCAGGUUGAUAUUAACUGGCACACAAUGUAGAGCUGUUCCACACUAGACCCUGGG